GAAGUAGUAUGUGUGAUUCUCUUCAGUCCUGUAAAUGGGGUGACUAGAAACACUGUAAGCAGACAGACUGGUUAUUAGUUUUAUUGCUUUUUGUGGCAUUUGAAGACAGCAAGCGCUGAAGAAUGAACAGACUUUGGCUUGAAAAUUGUUCGUGUGUGCUGCAGUAGUGGGGGAUAGAAUGGUUUCUUGGACACGCUGGGGAUCGAGAGAGCCAAAAGUGAGUCACAUGGACGGCUGCAGACAUCACAUUUAAUUGUGUAAUAAUACUACAGCGAGCACAAUUGGAGCAGGCUCGCUGACCUCACAGCUGAAAGCGCUAUUUAAGAUCUGGCUUCCAGAUGUUCCAAUAGGAUCUAGCCAGCUGCUAGCAGAGGUUACCCUGAGCAGUUUAACAGGCAGUAUUUACAGCCUAAUCGUUCGGAAGAGAUGAUCGCACUCAUUUUCUUUUCUGCUCUGCUAUGGGACAAGGCUCAGACAUGGGGAUUCAAGGACGGAGUGCUGCAUAACUCGAUUUGGUUAGAACGAGCAGCUGGGGUGUAUCACAGGGAGUCUCGCUCCGGCAAGUACCGGCUCACCUACGCAGAAGCAAAAGCGGUUUGUGAAUACGAGGGAGGACACCUGGCCACCUAUCAGCAGCUGGAGGCAGCCAGAAAAAUAGGUUUCCACGUGUGCGCUGCAGGCUGGAUGGCAAAGGGCAGGGUUGGUUAUCCCAUAGUAAAAGCCGGAGCCAACUGUGGAUUUGGAAAAACUGGUAUUGUCGAUUACGGGAUCCGCCUCAACAGAAGCGAGAGAUGGGACGCCUACUGCUACAACCCCAACGGAAAAGAAUGUGGUGGAGUCUUCACAGAUUCAAAACAUGUUUUUAAGUCACCAGGCUACCCAAAUGAGUAUGAAAAUGAUCAAAUUUGCUACUGGCAUAUUAGAGUAAAGUAUGGACAGCGUAUUCAUCUACAGUUUCUAGAGUUUGAUGUUGAAGACGACACUGCUUGUAUGGCCGAUUUCUUGGAAAUCUACGAUAGCUAUGAUGACGUCAAUGGCUUUGUGGGCAGGUUUUGUGGAGAUGAAUUACCAGAUGAUAUCAUUAGCACAGGCAAUGUUAUGACCUUGAAGUUUUUGACGGAUGCCUCAGUGACUGCUGGUGGGUUUCAGGUUCGAUAUACGACUAUGGACACGGCGUCAAAGUCAAGUGAUGGAAGGAACACAACAUCCCAAGGGAAAACAAACUUCUUACCUGGAAAAUUUGGUAUUAUGUGAGCAGAAUAAUGAGACACCCUCACUAAGGAACUUAUUUUAGAACACAGUUCAGAUACCCGUUUCUUCAGAUAAGACGUUUUCUUCAUACCUUUCUUUUUAUUUUCUGCUUUUAUAUAAGUUUUGUUAAUAAAGUAUACCAGGAAAUAAAUUAUAAAAUAUACUUACAUGAAUAAUAGAAGACUAUUUUUGAAUUACAAGUACUGUAAAAAUCUGCAGAACUAAUUGUUACCAAAGGUUUAAGAAUUAUUUUUCUAUAUAAAGUGCUUCUUCUCCUCAUUUCUCGCACCAUUUGACCAAACCUUUUGUGUGACUGCUUCAAUUAUUUUUAAAUUUAUGCUGUUCUACCCUUAUUUUCCUUUAGAGUAAGCUUUUUUUUGAGAUACAUAAAUUCAUGCUGUGGAUGGCCCGGCAGCCACCCAUGGAAUUGUCUGAAGUCAGAAGAUUGGGAAGCAGCACCAACAGCACAGAAUCAAUUCUAUUAUCAUUGUAACUUUAUGGUGAGAGGAAUCACAAACUACUCAGUGAAUUUUGCCACGGUUUCCUCAUCCAGAAAAAGAAAGAUGUUCAAGUCCUUUCACUUCUCCGAUUUCACUCAGUAAUAAAUGAAAUUAAAGACUUGAUAAUAAAACUGGCGAGAUGAAGCAUCAGAAGAAAUUGCUAACCGAGUAGCAGCAAAGCUGUUCAGAAGAUACCGUCAAGAUGCUGUAUGUUGUUUACACGGGUCUUAAGAAGACUGUACUAUUGUGAAUUGAUGAACAUAAAUCAUUCUCUGUAUGUUUUUUACUUCGGUUUAAAUUCCUCAGUCUGAAACAGCAUUAAAGCUACCUCUGUUUUAAUUGUG